AUGUUGCGUGUGCUGGUGGCUACGAGUGGUAGCGUGGCUUCCGUCAAGCUGCCGCUCAUUGUCGAGGCUCUGAGAAAGCAUUCGGACCGGCUGGAAGUCCAGGUCAUUGCAACAGAGCAUUCACUGCACUUUUACAACGCCGACAAGCUGCCAUGUAGGGUCUGGAGAGAUGCUGACGAAUGGAAGGACUGGGACAAGAUCUCUGACCCAAUAGUGCAUAUCGAGCUCAGACGAUGGGCUGAUCUCAUCGUCGUCGCUCCCUGCUCUGCCAACACGCUCGCAAAGAUAGCCAAUGGCCUCUGCGAUAAUCUGCUGACAUCUCUCUUGCGCGCCGUCGACCCGAGCAAGACCAAAGUCAUCCUCUGUCCGGCGAUGAAUACGCAGAUGUGGCAGCACCCGCUCACAGCGAUCCAGCUCAGUAUGGUCAAAGACGUUCUGGGCUAUCAGAUCAUGGGUCCUGUCAGCAAGAACUUGGCUUGUGGCGAUGAUGGCAUGGGCGCAAUGUCGUCAUGGCAGGAGAUCGUCGAUGCUGUCGUCUCGGCCGCUGGCUGA